CUACACCCGCCAUCCAGGUCUUUGAGACCGAGGCACUCGGUCUUUCACCCUGUCACCGCAUGUCGAAUAUCUCUGCUCAAUCCAGUCGUUGAGAUCGUCAGAGACUCGGUCGACGCACACAAUCCUUCCUUUGAAGCUCAGAGGAGGCUGGAUACUCUGAUCGCUGCCCCUUCCAUUUCCUCCCUAUCCCUGAUAAUGCCAAGCUCUGCGAUCGCGCGGGGUAAGAGAAAUUGAUCGACUCCCCGCAUUCUUGGGCCUGGAUAGAAUCGGUAUCAUUCUCGUACUAUGCUCUGGCGCAAACGCGCUCAAGCUAUGAGCUCCAACGACGCUCAUCAUUCCCCCCCUCCCGGAAGUCGAUGGCUCCUGAUCGAGAAGAUCUCGACCCUAGAGUUUUCUAUUGCUCUGUAUACCCUCGAGUUAUAAAAGACAAACGGUAUCUACAAGUCCCUCGUCCGAUCCCCCUUGCUUGACCAUGAACUACAAGCAGACCAUCCUUGUGCUUGCGAGCGCUGUCGUGUCUGCCCUGGCGGACACCUGCGGACCUGUCUCGUCUCAACUGAACAUCUAUGGUAUCAACGUUGGCUACAUUGGUCCGUGGUUCUCCACACUCUUCGUUCCUGGUCCUGACGAUCUCCGUCAAGACUCUUGCAUCUGCACUUCCAACUUGGCGUCGUUCAUCAGUACAAAUCCCGCCGCUCUGCGAGGCGUCAAUCUUGGUGGGCUCCCCAUGGUCACCUCCAUCCUCACCCAAUACAUAAACUCCGCGUCGCAGGCAGUCGGCAGAUGUAUCUAUCCCACAAACGGCGUCGGUCUCAACAGCCCGGGAAUCUGCACCAGCACGAUACCUUGUGCGUUCUCGUGCCUGAACGGUUUCACGGCGACCAGCAGCGCCUGUGUUUGUCCUGCCCCGUCCACGGUCUGCAACUCCGUCUGUGGGUCGUACCCUAAUGGGUGUUCCACUAGCGGACUGGGCCGUAGAGAGUCUGCCCGCCCGCCCAGAUGUUUUCGCGGCCAGCGCGCCUGCCGGGUGCCGGGCCGGAGCCUCGGCUCGUGGGAAUGCAUCGACAUCCAGUCGGACUUGGAGAGCUGCGGAGGCUGCUCCUAUGGCGGCUCGGGGACAGACUGCACCUCACUCGCGGGGGUCGCUGACGUCGCUUGCGUCCAGGGCGAGUGCGUCGUCAACAAGUGCUCGCCCGGAUUCUCCGCCAACAACUCUCGCUGCAUCGAGGACGGAGAUUUGCGGGCUCCUCAUGUGCUCAUCGAUCAGUAUGGAAUGGCCUUGUGAACCGCAUACAUACCCCGUCUCCUUUUGCAACAAUGGCAUGCCUCUGUCUCGUGACCCAGCGGGCGCAGACCACUCCUCUCCAUCAUCCCAACGGGGUCUCGCGCAUUCUCCAGUUGUGGAGGGAAGAUGAUAGGUUUAUUAGGCGUGACACAUAUGGGCUCUUCCUCUGGAUUCUAGCGUUACAUACAUGUUUGCUGAAAAAGAUGCAAUCAGAGUCUUUGUGACGCCAUGUCUCUCUAGGGAGUCGGAGCCUACGACCGCGACUCGUCUGGUUUACUGGACAAACAGGUGAAACAUUUCCACAUACACGUAAAUUGUACAGACACAUCUAAACACCCAAGAUCCUGUGAUACAAAACAGCAAACAGAUAGCAAAAGAGCAGCGACACGACUCGAUUUCAAGCAAUAAACUGGGGAGCUUCCUGGAACGCACCCGCGUGCAGGUGUCCGUUGCCGUAGAUCGGGAUCGGAGCCUGAUACGGCGACGGCGAGCCAUUCGAGGUAUUCCCCGUCGAUCCGGGACUCGACGAGUCUGGCCACACAAAACCAGGCAUCAUCAUAUUUUCCCACCACGCAGGGUUCUCCAGAGCCUGCAUUCCCGCAAGCAUCUGCUCCUCGUCAGCCAUCCCCGCACCCAACUCAACGUCCAUCCCGAGCUGCACUGGCUGCGACUGGAACUCCAGUUCGGGCUGCGCCGCCUGGAAAUGAGAAGAGUUGGGAUAUGGCGUUCCGCCGUGGUAGGCAGAUCCCCCAGCCAGCGGCUCAGAAUACAUCAUGUAUGCGCCGGAGGCCUCGGCAGCCGCACCAGCCAUAGGCACCCUCGUGCUGUACGCCGAUGUGGGUGCCGCGUAGCCGGCCUUUCCGGAGGAGACAAUCGACUGAGUCUGCUGCAAUCGUCCAACCGUCGCACCGUCCCUCCGAUGUUUCGAGAGCAGCCCCGCCAAAAAGCGGGCAUACAACUUGGGAGUAUGCCGAUCGUCGAUCGCAAUCUCCGGCGAACUCAGCGUCUGGAUCAGCCGUCCGAUGAGAUCGUACACCUUGUUCUCUUCCUCCUUGGACAUCAAAUGCGAGAAUUCCGGCCGCAGAAGCUUGAGCAGGAACGCCGACGCAAAGGCAGAAAAGAUGAAGUGGCCUGGACGCACCGUCUCAGCAGAGAAAUGAAGCGGAGGAAAAAGAGAGAAUACGCACCAUCCGGGGCAUAGCGCAUAAACCCUGUCGGAGCCAACCCAUCGAUCAUCCCCCGCAGAACACCCUGGGCUGAUUCCAAGCAUUUCGUAAAGAAAAUAUGGUCCGCAGGCUGCAGCCCGCGCUGAUAGGCCUGCUGGAACCCAAAGGAGAACAUGACCAGCCGCGAGUACGAUACCAAG